CGAAAUCGAAGUCGUUAUCUGCUGCACAAAGACCGCUUGCUGCUCUUCCCCCCGCAGCUGGAAAUAUUAAAGGAGGAGCUUCAGCUUCUUCGUUUUCAAGAGUACAACAACACGUCCCGAAGAUGUUGAAACCAUCAGCAGCAACAUCCGCUGGUCAACAACGUGCACAGUCAUCAAAAAAUCUCCCAGCGCAGACGUUGCUCCCACCGGAACUUCUGAGGAAUCAGGAUUUAUUUUCCGCCGAUUUUCAUCUCGACGACCACGAUGGGGAUGCGAACAUCCUCAACGACG